AUGUAUGAAAAUUAUGAUAUUCUAUUUCCCGACCAACCUGUGGUAGAUUUGUAUCUUCCCAUGUGGGCUAAACAUCUGCAUUUGGCUAAUAAACCUGCUUUCAAGUGGGUGGAUGAAGCAGGCAAUGAGCAGUGCAGUUUGACAUACUCAGAGCUCCAUGCUUCUGCAUCCACCAUUGCCUCAAAUCUUAAGAGUACACUGCAAAGAGGUGAUACAGUUUUAAUUCUCUGCCCACCUGGUAUUGAAUUUGUAGGAAUCAUAUUUGGGUGCCAAAGAGCUGGGCUAGCGAGUGUUCCCAUACUCCCUCCUCAUCCAUCCUUCUCUUCUCAGGAGGAUUGCAGUAAACUUGUACGGAUACUGCAACAGACUCAGCCAAAGGCUACCAUAGCUUCUCCGGCCUAUAUUUCAAGUGUCAUGAAACACACUAAUGCAAAUGAAAUUGGUAUUUUGUUUAAUAAAAUGCGGUUGAUAUCACUGGUAUCCUUAUUCAAAGCCAAUGCACAAGAGGCAUCCUUAAUUAACAAAGGAGGUGAGAGCAAUUACAAUGGGUGUAGAGCAAGAGAUCUGUUUUUGAUACAGUAUACUUCUGGUGCAACUGGCAUCCCUAAGCCAGUCCUGUUAACAGCAGGAUCCGCAGCACACAAUGUAAGAGCAGGAAGAAGAGCAUAUGAUCUUCAGCCAUGGAGUGUCAUAGUUUCAUGGCUUCCUCAGUACCAUGACUGUGGCCUCAUGUUCCUUCUCCUUACCGUUGUUAGUGCUGCAACCUGUAUUUUAACUUCUCCAUUCAUGUUCAUCAAAAGGCCAAUCUUGUGGCUGGAAAUGGUGAGCAAAUACAAGGCUACCUGCACACCAGUGCCAUCUUUUGCCCUUCCUCUUGUGCAAAACUACAUAAGCAGUGGUUCUAAUGGAGAGCCACACAUCAAACUGAAUCUGGAGUCCCUAAGAAAUCUUAUAGUGAUUAAUGAGCCUAUAUAUGGUGCUGUUGUGGAGAGCUUUGUGAAGAGAUUUUCGGUAUUUGGUCUGAAUGCAUCUGCCAUGGCUCCAUCCUAUGGACUAGCAGAAAACUGUACGUUUGUAUCCACUGCGUGGGGCCCCAAUAUGAGCCAACCUCCUACUUACAGCGGCCUUUUGCCUUGUGCAAGAAUUUGCUCACAAUUGGAACUGGGCAUUGAGAUGAUAGUUGUUGAUCCAAAGACUUGUGAAGAAGUUGAAGCUGGCGAAGAAGGUGAGAUUUGGAUCUCCUCUCCAAGCAAUGGAGACGGCUACCUGGACGACCCAUGGCUUACAAACCAGAUAUUUCUUGCAAGGCUACAUACAAAAGGAGAUUGGGACAAAGGAAAUUUUUACUUGAGAACAGGAGAUAUGGGAGUCAUUACAAAAGGCAAUGAUCAGUACUUAUAUAUCACUGGUCGUCUCAAGGACGUUAUAAGAGCAGGUGGUCGUUUGGUGCAUCCUCACUACCUUGAAACAACUGCCUUCAUGAGCUGUACUCAAAGUUUGAGAGCAGGUUGUGCGGCUGCCUUUGAAGCAGACAUAGCUACUGCUAACACAAGGGCAAUUGUAGUGAUUGCUGAACUGCAGAAUUUGAAGGAUAAAUAUAACAGAGGCCAUGAUGAAGAGAAGAUGAAGAGAAUUUGUGAAAACAUUUAUUUGUGUAUUGAGAAGGAGCAUGGAGUGGCUGUUAGCUUUGUUGGGUUGGUAAAAGCUCGGAGUGUUCCAAAGACUACAUCAGGGAAAUUACAGAGAUGGAAAACAAGAAGACUAUUAAUGAGUGGUGAGAUUGAAUUGGUACAUAAAGAAUGGUUUGGAGUUAUUAAUUAUGAUAAUUUCUUGCUCAAGUGCUGCAAUGGGACAGAUCUGUGUGAGAGAUGUAGAGGGCUACAGCUACAACAGCUUUCAAACAAUGACAAAACUGAAGUGGGUUAUGGUUUUUUGAAAUCAUUACUGUAA